AAACAAAUCUCGUAGGACCUGCGAGAUUUAAACGGUAAGGAGAUUUGUGUGCUGACGACAGCUAAAUCUUGUAGGACCAAUCUGCCAUAUUUGUAUGCACUUUACUUGCAUGUUGCGUAUUCGCCGGCGAUCUGUGCUGCUACUUCGUUUGGAAGUGGCUGCUCCAUGUUGCUUACUUUGUUUGAAAAAAAUUAUUCCUUCUCUGUUUUUCCGGCAUUAAGUGCUUCGGGGUCUCGCCGAAGACCCACGACAUUCACAAGCGCUCUGGGCUUUCAUUUCACGCAAGCCUGAAAUCACCCAAAAAUGGAUGAUGGAUCUCUGGCAAUCUAGCGUGCAUGCGGCUAACUACUCAGGAUCAAUGGACACUACAUGCUUGGUCAAAUGAUUACCUCAAAUCAAUGCGGGGAAAAGGCACGAAGGUGUGGAGCAUGUCGGGGUUGGCACUGGACAUUGGAAGAACUUUUGUAUCAAAGGAGAGUUAGGAGAAGUUGUAAGCCACAUUCUCCUUGUCAAAGGUGCCUAAAAGGAUUGUAUUUUAUCUAGAAGGGCCUUCUUUUGGAGUAGACAUACUCAUAGAAUCAAAAUGUCACCUCUUUCAGUACAAGUGUGCGUGAGGAACUGCCCUUCUCAUUGGGUGGACUGCCAGAAAAGCUACCGGUCCUCCACCUACCGCCACGUCCCCUGCAACUCCUCCCUCUGCGCCUUCCUCCACUCCCUCGCCUGCUCCAAUUGCUACGACGCCCCCGCCUCCGCUUGUGGCAACAACACCUGCGCCCUCUUAACAUUGCUAUCCCCCGUCAAAGACGAAACAAACGAAGUAGCAGCAGAGAUCGCCAGCAAGUACGCAACGUGCACGUAAAUGUCCAUGCAAAUCUCGCAAGUUGGUCUACGAGAUUUAGCGACCAUGCGAGUCCCCUUCCCGUUUAAAUCUCCAGGACCAUUCGGCGAGAUUCGUUUAAAACUCGUACCACUAUCCUAUGAGAUUACGUAAGCCUUAAAAUGAAAAUUUUUUUUCAAAACAAAUUAUUAUUUAAUAUUUUAUUAAAUAAUAAAAUUAAAAAGGAAAAAAACUCCUUAAAGAGAGGUUCUUUUCUUUUUCUUUUUCUUUUUCUUUUUCAUUUUAUAAAUUUUGAAGAAAAUUACAUGUUUUUUGAGCUUUUUAUUUUUCCCUCAAUUUUUUUUAAAGCAAAAUCUUAGGAUCUUAUCACUAGCCAGCCUAGACUUGGCUAGUCGGCUACUUUGCUUGGAGUUGGACCCCAUCCAUCGUAUCAUUUACAGGUAUCCAAGGUAAAUCAAGAAAACGAAGGAAAGAGACACAAAAGCGCUAGAAAAGAGAAAAAGAACAGAAAUUUGAAUCAGGGCGCGUUGACAAAAGGGGCUUUCCCUGCUCGUCCUCCCAGCUAAUUCCCACUCACAGUCUCUACUUUACUCUCUUCGAGUCUUCUAUAUAUUCCCACACGUUCAUCCUCCCUAAAAGCUUUCCACUCAACACACUCUCCAUCUCCGCUGGCUCUGUGUGUGUGUGUGUGUGAGAGAGAGAGAGAGAGGCACAUGGGCAAAGCAAGUGUAGUUCUUAUUUGUGUGUUGAUCGCUGCCAUUGACGCAGGAGCAGGAUAUCUAGGCCUCCAAGCUCAGACUGCUCAAGACAAGGUGAAGCAUGUGGGUGUGUUCAUAUUCGAGUGUAGAAAAAAGCCCAGCCAUGAAGCUUUCCUGAUGGGCUUGGGUGCAGCGGGCCUUCUCACCCUGGCCCAUUUCGCCAACUUCUUUGGUGGGUGCGUCUGCAUUCGUUCUCAGGAGGAGUGCCUGGAAGCAUCACCCAGCAGGCUGUGUGCAGCCGCAGGCCUCUUAGCCUCUUGGAUAAUAGUGGUGAUAGGAGGGGGAUUGCUUGUGGCUGGCGCAUUACACAACCAAGGAUCAAGUGCUGAGUGCGACAUGGGUUUCGCAGCACGCCAUUUCCUGUCUUACGGAGGCAUCUCGUGCUUCUUUCAUGCUCUCUCCAGCCUCGUGUUUCACGUCUCCGCCAGGGCCGCUAAGGCUGAGGAAGAAGACGCACGCCACAAAGGCCAUCCUUGAUUUAUAAACUCAUCUCAUCUCUUUCAAGGUACAAUUUUCUUAUUUUUAAUGGAUGAAAUUACCAUCGCUCCUCGAUCCCCUCUAGCUACCUCACUUUACAGCUAGGAGCUAGCUAGCUAGCCUCCAAUUUACAAUGUACAUUUUCUGAAAUGACAGAUCUACCCUCUAGAAAAAUAAUAAAGGAGAACAAAUAUUAUAUGUUA